AUGACGCGCUCACAUGCGCUUUGGAGUGUUCUCGUUCUCUUGGCCCUCAUUGCCGCCACUGCCUGCUGCGCCCGCCUCCCUCUGCCUCGCCCUGGUGGAGACAACAAGGUGCCUGUGGUCGUCUUCAACAUCACCGUCGAUGAGACUCUCUGGCGCCCGUGCGUUGCCUGGGGCCUGACGCCCUCGCUCACGCCCAACACGACCACCCAGCAGAGCGUGCCCAUCAAGAACUGCGACGAAGGUCGCUUUGUCUACGCCUACGACGACAAUUUCAACCAUCCGGUGCUGAAGCCGACGUUCUACUCGUCGGUCAUCGUGGACGCCUCGCCGCCCACCUGCGUCAUCGCCUGCAAGCCCGUCGACAACCAACCCAUGCCCUACCGCUGCAGCCAGUGCUCCGUCAUGGACUCACGCGAGGGCUACCACCUCACGACCUACACGUUCGACGUGGUGGGGUGGGAGUGGCGCGAGUGA